AUGGAGGGCAAGAUGCUGAAGAAAUGCUCCACAUCCACCACCGAUGCUGUCAAGAAAUUGAAGCGGAAGAAGAGUACAUCUGUGAAGAAGAAGGCAUCUGUGAAGAAGGUCAGAGAAAACCAAAGAGUUGGUGGGCAAGAAGCGGUUGAGCAUUUGCGUUAA